AAUGAACAAUCCGUCCUUGACUUAUCUUGAUUCAAUCACCCCAGUUCCGUGGUAAUCAUGGCGGACCUCAAGCCUCCUUUUACUGAAGAAACAGCGAGGAAGAAAGUCAAGGUAGCCCAAAACCUCUGGAACACCCAGUAAGAACUUCUCAGGUUUCUCCUAUAACUUUAAACGCCUUUACAAUCUGCAUUGAUCAAUUUUCUCAUUUCUGUUUCCAUGCAUUUUCUUCUAAGUAGUACUUGUUAUCACCGUUUCUGUUAGCGGUUGAACUUUUCUCGUGGCGAGAAAUGCCAAUCCAUCUCCAUCCCUUGCAUAUCACAUUCCCACAUGUUCAAACCCAGGCUGCAUGGCCCCUCACCCCCUUCUUAUAUGCAGUCUUGCAGUUCAUAUUUGAACAACCACACGGUCUUUAUUGCUCCAUCUUCCACAACUCGAAUAGUUUAUAGCCUCGUGCUUACUCAGGAUGCCAGAGAUCCCGUACGCGUUGCCCAGGCAUACACACCGACCUGCAUCUGGCGCAACCGCAGCUCAUUCUUCUCCGGAACAGAGGGAAUCAUCGACUUUCUAACAGCUAAGUGGAACCGCGAAAAGAGUUACAGGUUACGAAAAGAACUUUUCUCGUAUACCGAUGACCGGAUCGCUGUCCAGUUCUGGUACGAGUUUCAGGAUGCCAGUGACUCCAUGCGGUGGAAGCGAUGCUACGGACUUGAAGACUGGACAUUCGAUAGGGAAACAGGAAAAAUGCGUAAGCGGAUGAUGAGCGGAAAUGAUAUCCUACUUGGACCUGACGGGAAUGGUGAAGGACGGUGGUUUGUGGAUGGAGUUGAUGUUGAGGAUGUAGAUAUUGGGGAGGAGCACUGGUGAUUUAUUUGCGCCUCGAAUGACGAGAGUAAAUACUUUGCAGCUAUUAUUAUGAAUUCCCAGCAAAUUGCAACGGACUAAGCUAUGCUUAAGAUAUUAAAGCUGACAGUAUUCUUGGACGGUUGGAAUGUUUGAUCCGUUGGGUAUGUUGAUGGAACUUGGAUGGGCAUCCCUUUCGCCCUUGGGUGAACAUAUUCGCCCCUGUGCUCUAAACUCAAGCAAAGCAGCACGGUCUGGAGAAGGUGGUUUGAGUAUCGCCACAACGAAGA